UAUCAGAUCAGAGUAUACCAAAGAAGGCACACCGGUGGUUAGAAAUAGGGCCCAAGCAACACCUAUGUUGCUUCGACGAUUGUCAGCUAUUUUUUGGGUUUAGGGAGGGGUCGGAGAGUGGGCCCAACAUUUUGAGCUUGAAACUUUUACAAAGGGAUGCCCUCAAAUUCAUUUAAAAGGUAACAUUGGCGAGAUUGUAAGCCAGUUCCAAAUUGACCAUCUCGCAGAGAACAUCAUCUUUUUUGAAAACAAACUUCCCAUCAUGAAGUGCUUCGUUGCCUUGGCUGCUCUCCUGCCCCUUGUGGCUGCCGUUCCCAACACUGGAAGUUAUGCUUCCUUCACUCACCAUGGCAAGUCCUAUGGCUAUGGUACCCAAAAUGGAGAGCACUCAGAGCCCCUCUAUUACUCCCCUAAGCCUUCCAAAACCCCUUAUAAGCCUCAUGAGCCCGCUUACAAGCCUCAUGAGCCUACAUAUACACCAAAGCCUUACCAUCCUGAGCCUGCCUACAAGCCAGAGCCUUACCAUCCCGAACCUUCUUACAAACCAGAGCCUUACCACCCCGAGCCUUACCAUCCCGAACCUUCUUACAAACCAGAGCCUUACCACCCUGAACCCGCCUACAAGCCUGCCCCUUCUUAUGGCCACCACCAACCCAGCUACCACCAAGAACCCAAGUACGGAUAUGAGCAACCCAAGCACAAUUGUACAGUUGAGGAUGUGACUGAAGAGGCCGAGGUCUGAACCCCUGCCUUCAAGACUGAAUGUGAGGAUGUUGAGCUAACCAUCAAGAAGAUCACCGAUGGUGAAUACUGCUACGAUGUGGCCCGAACAGUAUGCACCGAGUCCAUUGAACAGGUCGACAAUGAGGUGUGCUCCUACACCUAUGAGAAGAAAUACGAGGACACCACCGCUCAAACCGUCGAAGUGACCUUCAAGAAGGAGUCCAGUGUUCAGAUGGUGACCGUGUGCCAACCCGGAUAUGGUCAUGGAUACCAGGCUUAUGGUCAACAAUACUGCAAGGAGGUGGCUCAAGAAACCCAAUACAAUGUGCCUAUGGUUGCUCCUUUGGAUGUGGACGUCCGUGUUGGAUACCCCGAGCCUGUCAAGGCCUGUGUGAACAAGCCCAUUGCUCUGCCCCAGAUCUCUUGUGAGGUUAUCACCGAGAACAAGUGCGUGGUCCAACCUCAAAUUGAAGAGGCCACCGAGACCGUUCAGAAAUGUGUCACUUCGUUGGGCGAGCCCGCUUGUCAAAAGGUCGAGCUGACCCUUCCCAAGCAACGAUGUGUUGAGCUUGUUUAUGGUUAUGCCGAGGACGCUCACAAGCACGAGGAGUAUGCCCAAUAAGUGGAAUACAUUAAGCAUUGAGUUUCCAAGUCAGAUUCGACUUCUGCAAUUGUUAACCAUAUUUAUUUCUGCUAUUUAAACAUUUGUUAUGUAUCUUAUUUGCCUCUUUGAAAAGCCACCGAUAUGCAACAUUUCAUGCCCAGUCCUAUCAAUGCCAAGCGAGUUUCCAUCAAGCUCAAAGAACUCUUAAUAAAGCUGACUGAUCCGAUUGUAUAGGGUGGUUGUCAAAACUAAUUUAAUUUCUUAUCUUUUUGUCUUAUACGAAGAUUUGAGAUUUGAUUCGUGCAUAAAUAAUGAAUG